AGUCACUGGCCACGGACUGAAAGAGGCAAGAUGUCACGUCUGAAAAUGUGUAUAGGAACGCUGGUUUUUGCACUGCUGGCUGUCAACGCUCUGGCUGUAGAUUAUCACAACCCUUUUCAAAAUUUUACAGACCGACCGUACUCUUCAGUUUCCUUCAGUCACAGGGUCUACCACCCAGCACCGAGCCAGUACAGGAGCAACAGGCCUUCAUACGGUUUUGGUUUCGGUAAACCAUCCAAUGAUUACUCCGACCAGUCCAGUUACCAAGGUGGUAACGGGCUUGAACAGCAUAACAGCUACUUUGGCGGGUUCCAAGGCUCCUACAACCCACAGCUUGACAACUCUCUUAGCGUAGGGUUUCCUUAUGGCGCUGCUCCAAAUCCAGAACCAACCUGCUCCUCGAAGGUGUACGGUCCAUGUCAAGACUCAAAAUACAGGACAGUAGAUGGAUCUUGCAACAACUUGAGGGAUGCUGGACUCGGAAGACCAAAUACGAAAUACAACAGGAUCCUUCCACCAAGAUACGCUGAUGGAGUUCACCUUCCUCCAGCAUCAGUCACUGGUCACAAACUACCAGGAGCUCGUCUUGUCAGCAUUGUUCUUUUCCCUGAUCACAAUAUCCCUGAUCCCGUUUGGACAUUGGUCUCUAUGCAAUGGGGACAGCUCAUCACCCAUGAUAUGUCCAUGUCUAUGGGUACAACCCAGACCAAACCACUUGCCAACCAUUGCUGCAGUCCAGACGGUAGGCUUCAAGUCCCUCUUGAGCAAGCCCCUGCCCAGUGCUUCCCCAUCGAGAUCCCUGCAGAUGACCCCCUGUAUUCCAAGUUUGGCCAGAUGUGUAUGAACUUUAUGAGGUCCACCACAGAUGUCGACAGAGGCUGUGUUCCUCCUCAUUCACCACAUGAACAGAUCGUAGUAGUCACUCACUACAUGGACGCUUCUAUGGUAUACGGUUCAAACAUGCAGGUAAUGAAUGCUCUUCGUGAAGGUCAAGGAGGUCGACUCAGAGUUGACGUCAGGCAUGGAAGACAAUGGCCUCCUGCUGCAGUUAACAAAAGUGCUACUUGUGAAGCUCAAGAUGACGAUGAACCUUGCUACAGAUUUGGUGAUGUUAGAGCUAACCAGAAUCCCCAACUUACUGUUCUUCAAAUCAUCAUGUUGAGGGAGCAUAACAGAGUAGCUGAUGUUCUCCAGCAUUUGAACCCUCAUUGGGAUGAUGAGAAAACAUUCCAAGAAGCAAGAAGGAUCGUCAUUGCCGAGUACCAACACAUCAACUAUGCUGAAUGGCUCCCAAUUUUCAUCGGAACAAACAACAUGAUGAAGUACGGUUUACUGUACAAAACGGACAAAUUCGUCAAUGACUACAGGGAUGAUGUUGAUCCUAGUGUUUUGAACGGACAUGCCACUGCUGCAUUCAGAUACUUCCACUCUUCCAUCCAAGGACAUCUUCACCUUUUGGGUGAAGAAAGACACGUGUACGGCUCUCUCCGUCUCAGCGACUUCUUCAACAAGCCGAGUGUAAUUGAAGAGGGUGAUAACAUGGACAAAUUAACUAGAGGAAUGGCUACACAAAACCAAGAGGAAAUCGAUCCUUUCAUUACUAGUGAGGUUACUGAUUAUUUGUUCAGAAAUGGAAUGCCUUUUGGAAGAGAUCUGAGAGCUAUUGACAUACAGAGGGGCAGAGACCAUGGAAUCGCAUCAUACAACGACUACAGAGAAUUCUGUGGCCUUCCAAGGGCCCGCAAGUUCAAAGACUUUAUGGACUACAUCAUGCCCGAGAAUGUUGAAAAACUGGCUCUCCUCUACGCUCAUCCUGACGACGUCGAUCUGGUUGUCGGUGGUUCCCUCGAAGCACACGUCAAGGACACACUGACCGGUCCUACAUUCCUCUGCAUCAUGCUCGAACAAUUCUACAGAACGAGAGUCGGAGACAGAUUCUUUUAUGAAAAUGGAAACCAAAAGAACUCUUUUACUUUGGAUCAAUUGAGAGAAAUAAGGAAAGCUACAGUCUCAAGGCUCUUCUGUGACAAUGGUGAUCACAUUCAAUACAUGCAACCUGAAGGAUUCAGGGUUAUUGGUGAAAAGAACCCACUUCUGCCAUGUGAAAACACACAUGCCAUACCGGUAAUCAAUCUGAACCUUUGGAAAGAAGAACAGCCCCAUAAUGGAUUUGGCCCUGAAGCAUACGGCCACAAUGGGUACGACCACGAAGGUUUCGGUCACGAAUUCCCAUCGCACAACUUUUUUGGAAAGAAAUAACAACAUAAUUUUAUAAAGUCCUAAUUAACAAUUAGAGACAGGCAAAAGUUACCUAAUCUUUAAUCGCAUGAGGUUUAUUUUAGGAAAAUGGAGUCAUUUUUCUCUUUUUUAAUUUUCUACUGCCAUAUAGUGUGUAUUUUUCUAUACCUAAGAAUUUGUCUUGCUUUUCUACCAGUGAUCAAAGUGAUAUAUACAUAUACGAAUUUUUUGUACUUAUAGACUUUUUAU